AUGAAUAUCGGUCUUCUCAGCACGACCGCAAACCUUUCCCUGCUUGGAGUGCCUUUCCUACAGACUGCGUCGCUUAUCAUGAAACCUUCACGCGAAAUGGAAAGUGAGGGUCACGUCAAUGGCAGUGCGGCUUCCGACGAUGGGGAAGGGAAUGAUGGGGAAGGCAUUAACCAUAGAAACGCUGUUUAUGCAGCACAGUUUCGAGGAAGUCAGCGCUUUGAAGAGCAAACCAAGAGCAAGUCGAAAUAUGACAGUGGUUGGCGCUACAUUGUGCGGAAUUUCACGCCAGCCUGGUUUUCUGUGAAAAUGGGAAUAGGAAUCACCUCAAUCCUUUUGAAUACGUUGCCCUACAACGGAAGAUGGCUUUACUGGAUAUCCGUUGUGAUCUUCUGUCUGAAUGUACUCCUUUUCGGCAUCUUCCUCACCAUCACGAUUUUGCGCUACCUACUCUAUCCGAGCAUUCUCAAGGUCAUGGUCACCCAUCCCGCCCAGUCGAUGCUUCUAGGAACGUUUCCCAUGGGGUUCGCUACAAUCAUCAACAUGGUCUGUUUUGUUUGUGUCCCGGCAUGGGGUGAUUGGGCGGCUUACUUUGCCUGGGGCAUGUGGAUUGCGGAUGCCAUAGUAUCUGUUUUGACUUGUUUUGGAGUGCCUUUCAUAUUCAUGACCAGGUCGAGCAAAAUAGAGUUACAGGAGAUGGGUGCCGCUUGGUUGCUUCCCAUCGUGUCUUGUGUCGUCGCAGCAGCGUCAGGGGGUAUCGUUGCAGACGUGUUGCCGAACCCACAGUACCACAAAGGGCUGAUCGUCAGCACGUUCUUGCCCUUGGGUCCCCUGGGCCAGGGUGGUUUUGGGAUUCAAAAGUUGGGAGUUGCAGCUCAAAAGAUAUUCCCAAUUACGAACACGCUACAAAUGGGCGCCGGUGACGUGUUCUAUGAUGUCGGUUUUCUAAUAGGUCUUAUCUUAUGGUCAUACGGAUGCCUUUGGCUAUUCUUCGCCACAUGUGCCAUUAUCCGCUUAGGGAAAUUCCCAUUUAACCUCGGCUGGUGGGCCUUCAUUUUCCCCCUGGGUGUGUUUACUAUGUGCACCACCCAGAUGGGUCGAGAAAUGCCCUCUAAGUUCUUUCGCGUGCUAGGUACAAUACUGUCGGUUUGCGUUUUGAUUCUUUGGAUCGUGGUUUCCAUUUUUACACUCAAGGGGGUUUUCAAUCGAAGUCUAUUCGUGGCACCCUGUCUGGAAAAUCUUCGUCAGCGGGAGCAGGAAAAACUAAGGAAGAGGAAAGACCAUGUGUAG